ACAGAGUUCCGGGUCUGAUAACGGAUCACACAAUCUUGCUCUCAGGUCUCAUCAUCUACUUCGACUGAGAACAACUUCCGAUGGCAGGCAUUUUCGAGGCUCCGCGCAACGCGGGAACCCUCUUUCUCGGUGGCCAGAAGAUCAGCGGCGCAGACAUUCGAGACCAAAAUGUUCUCGCGACACAGGCAAUCGCAAAUGUCGUCAAAUCCUCCUUCGGACCCUCUGGUCUAGAUAAGAUGAUGGUAGAUGAUAUCGGAGAUGUCACGGUCACGAACGAUGGUGCUACAAUUCUGAGCCUGCUCGAUGUGGAACACCCAGCAGGAAAGAUCUUGGUGGAUUUGGCACAACAACAAGACAAAGAAGUCGGAGACGGAACGACGUCUGUUGUGCUCAUCGCAGCGGAACUAUUACGGCGAGCGAACGAACUCAUGAAGAACCGAAUACACCCGACUGUCAUCAUCACCGGCUAUCGACUGGCAUUAAGAGAGGCGGUCAAAUAUAUGCAGGAGAACAUCAGUACCAAGGUGGAAACCCUGGGAAGGGAAAGUUUGAUUAACAUUGCCAAAACGUCCAUGUCGAGCAAAAUCAUUGGCUCAGAUGCAGACUUCUUUGCCAACAUGGUGGUUGACGCAAUGCAGUCAGUCAAAUCAGUCAACACGCAGAGGAACGAGACAAAAUACCCGGUCAAGGCCGUCAACAUUCUGAAGGCUCACGGCAAGAGCUCCACAGAGUCAAUAUUGGUCAAGGGUUACGCUCUGAACUGCACCGUUGCAUCACAAGCUAUGAAAACGAGGAUAACAGACGCCAAAAUUGCAUGCCUCGACAUGAACCUUCAAAAAGAACGCAUGAAGCUCGGUGUACACAUUACAGUCGAAGAUCCUUCGCAGCUGGAAAAGAUACGUGAGCGAGAAGCGGGGAUUGUGCUGGACCGCGUGGAGAUGAUAUUGAAGGCUGGUGCCAAUGUUGUCAUGACUACGAAGGGCAUCGAUGAUCUUUGUCUGAAGGCCUUCAUUGAACGUGGGUGCAUGGCUGUUAGAAGAUGCAAGAAGGAAGACUUGAGGCGCAUAGCGAAAGCAACUGGCGCCACCUUGGUUAGCAGUCUGUCUGACCUAAAUGGCGACGAGAAAUUCGAAAAAGAAUUCCUUGGAUCUGCCGAGGAAGUUGUGCAGGAGCGGAUAUCAGACGAUGAAUGCAUCCUUGUUAAAGGGACCAAGGCUUUCUCGUCAGCAUCCAUCAUCCUUCGGGGUUCGAAUGACUACCAGCUUGACGAAAUGGAGCGCUCAGUCCACGAUUCGUUAUCCGCCGUCAAGCGCACAUUGGAGUCUGGCAGCAUCGUUCCUGGAGGUGGUGCAGUGGAGACGGCUCUGUCCAUCUAUCUCGAAGAAUUUGCUAUGACAGUGUCAUCCCGAGAGCAACUUGCAAUUGGAGAGUUCUCACAAUCUUUGUUGACCGUACCGAAGACUUUAUGCGUCAACGCUGCGAAAGAUGCAUCUGAACUGGUGGCCCAACUACGGGUACGGCAUGCCCUGAGUCAACGAGUCCAGGAUAGUGACGGCAACGAGAAAGAGAAGGAUAUUGCAAAAAAGCGGCAGUACAAGAACUAUGGCUUAGAUCUGAUGAAAGGCAAAGUUGUUGAUGUCGUGAAGAUGGGGGUGUUGGAACCUAGCAUGAGUAAGGUCAAGCAGCUCAAGAGUGCUGUGGAAGCCUGCAUUGCUAUCAUGAGGAUCGACACUUUGAUCAAGUUGGAUCCACCAGAGCAACAAGACGACGGACACGGUCAUUGAAGACACUGAGCAGCUUCAUGCAACAAGCAUUCGACGUGGGAAAGAUAUCUCUAGGCUGUGAAAGGGCCUUGCUUAUGAGACCCAGGAUCCUAGAAUGGUGCUGUAUGCCAAUCCCUAUGGAUCGCCAUUGCAAGUUCUCAUUCAGAAGUGCCUCUUCCACACGGUACAUACGUGGGCCCCGGGUUGGGGAUAGGGUUGCCGGACGGAGCCCUCUACUCAUCAGCAUAGGCCAGGGCGAGGCCUACAGAUCCUGCGGCAGAAAGGUUGCGGGGCGCCUAGUUAUCGCACCGGCAGCCCGUAUGAUCUCGAGAUGAUGCACAGUCUCGAACUGCUCCGGUCACCCCCUGGGCACGACCGAUUUCGAGGAUACCCAGAUAGAAUAGAAUGAGAAGAUGUUGGUCAAGAUGUCUGAUGUAUCAGUAUCGAGAUGGAGUUCGGUCACUCAUUUCAUG